AUGGAGCAGCACAGGGUACCAGGCCCGCUGUGCCGUACAGCCAUGAAGACAGCUGGCAUGUGUAACCCCAAAGCACGAAUUGCUGUAAAAUGUAGUCAUCAGGAAAAGGAGUUUCUGAGUUUUUUUACCUUUUUAGAAUUUAGUGCUUCUUUCCUCACUCCCCCAUCAUCAGGAUGCCCCUCAGCUACCACCUGGCUUGCAUCUGAGCCUUUCUCCCCACCUCUUCUGUCACCACCCUGCUUCCCACCACACCCACUCUACCUGGAUUCAUCACCAGCCACACACCACUUGUCAAGAGGGAUCUUGUUGAGAAAUGAAAAGGCUGCUGUCCACUGCACGGUCCAUGGGGCCAAGGCAGAAGAAAUCCUGGAGAAAGGUCUAAAGGUGCGGGAAUAUGAAUUAAGAAAAAACAACUUCUCAGAUACCGGAAACUUUGGUUUUGGGAUCCAGGAGCACAUCAAUCUGGGCAUCAAAUAUAACCCAAGCAUUGGUGUCUAUGGCCUGGACUUGUACAUGGUGCUGGGUGGGCCAGGUUUCAGCAUCGCAGAUGAGAAGCACAGGACAGGCUGCACUGGGGCCAAACACAGGAGCAGCAAAGAGGAGGCCAUGUGCUGGAUCCAGCAGAAGUGCGAUGGGAUCAUCCUUGCUGGCAAAUAAAUUCCUGUUUCUAGCCAAAAAGACCAGUAAAAUCUUUUCAGUGAAAAAAAAAAAAAAGAGGGAUCCUGAUGUGGACAGGUGUCCCCUCUGCCCUAAAAGUCCUUUGGGCAGCCAAAGAGCUGGCCUCCCUUGCCCACUCUUCUUCCUCUGCUGAACCACUUUUCUUGAAACACUGAAUAUUCCUGCUGGAGGACCUCUGCCUCAGCCUGGCCUUUGGCCUACAGAGCACUUACAGGUCCCUCUGUGGCUCCUAACACUCUUUGUCCCCUGACAGUACCGUGCUGUCCUUCAUACUCCUGUGUUCUGUUUAUGUUACCAUCUUGCUCACAACAGGGCCUCGUCCUUAACAGUUCUCCAUCACAUGUGCAGAGGAGUGAGUAAAUGCAUGAAGGAGCAGCAGCCAGAGGGUACCCAGAGCCCUCCCCUUGUUCCCCACUUUGUGGAAAGGCUGACAGGGUGCUUCAGGACAUGUUCCCCACUGACCCAUGAGGCUGCAUUUUGGGCUGCUUGGCCUCACCCACACUGCUUCCUCCAGCAAUACUCAAUCUGUGGACUGUUCCCCGCCAGGCUCUCCUGUGUCUUCAUGGGCCUGAAACCCUCUGUACCUUACCUGCCCUAUCCUUCGAGCAACCUUAAGGUCUCUGCUUGAAUGUUGGCAGCUCUGGGAGGCCUUUCUUGAGCUCUUCAAUUAGGUUGGGGUCUCCUUAGCUCCAUCAUGCUCCGUGUCACCCUGUACCUGCCUUCCCUACCACAGUGAGCUCCUCAACAGGAUGGCCUGUGACUCACUAACCUCAGAACCCUAGGCCUAACACUUACUAGUUAAUCAAUAUAAUGAUACAAUGAAUGAAAGAAUGAAUGAACAAGUGAAUUAAUAA